UGGGUUGCUAGUCGAGGAAAGAGAGAAGGCGGGGGGUUUAUAUCCUCGGUCCUACGAUUGCAGUCCCGACUCGUGACACAAACAGAUUUACAAGGAUGCUGCACGACUCUAACCCGUGUAGGCUGAGAUUGGCAUAAGGCUGGUUAAUCCUCAUAGUUCGGCAGGCCAACCAGCCAACAUUGGGUGCGGCCUCACAUUGACUUUUGGAGAUCGGCACAGUGCGGGGGUGAUAUUUGCUCGCCAGGCUUAGAAAUCGAGGGCCUCGUCUGGACUACUGCUUUGGUACACCUCAGCUCAGCUCGACUCGUUCUCAGCCUGUAUACCCUAAUUCACUGUGCACCGUGGCUUCGUUUGCCCCCAAGGUCCAUGAGCCAAGACGGCCAAGACAAUGGCGGCAAGUGCAGAUAAAAACGCUGUCGCCGUGGCCUCACCUGCAUCGUCCUGUUCACCCCCGAGAAAAAAAAAAUAGAAGAACAACAGGAAGAUGAAGGACGAGAAGCACGAGACAAUUAUUCAGGCAGUUCCGACGGCCUCGCUGGAGGAGGCCGGCGACUCGCAUGAGUUCCUUGCAGCCGAGCAUGCCUUGACAUUCUGGCCCGCUCUCCGACAGCACUGGCCAGCGGUAGCGUGGGCAUUAUUCAUGAACCUGGCGACGAUCUUGAAAGGCAUUGAUGGCGGCAUUGUCAAAGGCCUGGUCGGGCUCGACGUCUUCAAACAGAACUACGGUUACGAACAUGAGGGACGCUACAUCCUCGCCGCCCGAUGGCUGUCUGCCUUCAACUACGCCAACCUGCUUGGAGCCAUUGUGGGCGCUCUCUGCGCCGGCGUCGCCUACGACCGCUUCGGGCCGCGCAUCCUGCUCAUCGUGUGCUCCUGUUUGUCGAUUGGCUUCAUCUUCGUGCAGUUCUUCAGCCAGACCCCUGCCCAGCUGUUCGUGGGCGAGCUGAUCAACGGCUGCGUCAUUGCCUUCUAUCCUAUUUGCGCGUCGGCGUACGUGGGAGAGGUGACGCCCCUGCCGCUGCGUGGCUUCGCCGCGACAAUGACCAACCUGGCCUUCUCCAUCGGCUCCCUGAUUGCCUCCGGCAUCCUCAAGGGCACGACCUCGCUUGAUAGCGACUGGUCCUACCGGAUCCCCAUCGCCACGCAAUGGGCGCUACCGUGCAUCAUGUUGGCCAUCGUGCCCUUCUGCCCGGAACCUCCAUACUGGCUCUGUCGGAAGGGCCGACCCGACGCCGCGGCCUCCACGCUGCGGCGUCUCACCACCGCGGGGGUCGACAUCGGCCCCCGACUGGCGCACAUCCAGGAAACCCUACGCCUGGAAGCCAGCUUCCAGCAGAACAUGACGACACGGUUCGAAUGCCUGCACGGCCCUAACCGCCGCCGCCUGUUGAUCUGCAUCAUGGUCUACUGCAUGCAAGCCUUCACGGGCAACGUCUUCUUCAUCAACUACGCGGUGCACUUCAUGGAGACGGCCGGCCUGAGCGCCUCGCAUGCCUUCUCCAUGAACAUCGGCCUGAGCGCCCUGGGCCUCCUGGGCACCGUGCUCUCCUGGCCGCUGCUAUCGUACAUCGGCCGCCGCACCAUGUACCUGGCCGGCUGCUCGGCCCUGGCGGUGGUCUUGUUGCUGAUCGGCGUGCUGGACGUGAUCCCGCGGCACACGGCCACCAUCUGGGCUCAGUGCGCGCUCAUGCUGGCCUGCACCUUGGUGUACGACGUCAGUCUCGGGCCCUUCUGCUAUGUGCUCCUGGCGGAGGUCUCGUCGGUGCGAUUGCGCGGGGUGACGAUCGGGCUGGCGACCGUGAGUUGCUUCGUGUGGUCGGUCGUGUUUGCCGUCGUGAUCCCGUACGCCAUGAACGAAGACGAGGGGAACUUGGGCGGGAAGUUGGGGUUUCUGUUUGCGGGCACCAGUGUUGUCUGCGCGGGGAUGUGCUUCUUUUGGUUGCCCGAGACGCAGGGUCGGACGUUCGCGGAAUUGGACGCAAUGUUCGAGCAGGGGGUGGCCAGUCGGCGGUUUCGGCGAACAGCGAGAAAUCAGUCGGUGCAUAAGCCUAAAGAGGAAAAAGCCGAGGAUGUGUGA